CGUGAAACGCUACCUACAGAGCUUCGUAACGAAGUUUUUCUCGCUUAGGUUCCGACCAAGUCCCUUCACGCAACCAACUGGCGCCAAAGACGUAUUCCAAAUUUCCACGUCCCCAGGGCGUCCGAAUCAUCGGGAGUUCGAUGCACACUGCACAGUCUUUCCAUUUAUAGUGGCAGCUAAAGAUUAUCGGGAGUUAGUUUUUGAGAAAGAGAUCUUAGCCACAGAGAGAGACGCAGAAAUGGACGAGAAAGCUCGAACCAACGAGAACGCAUCGAGAGAUUCUAUGGCGACAGUCGCUGAGAAGGCCCCCGUCACUGCCCAGAGGAAAGUCCGAGCGGACCUGGAGACUAGGCUCCCCAAGCCCUACCUGCCCCGAGCUUUGGCUGCACCUGAUACGGACAAUGUGAAUGGCACUUGGAGCCACAAGCAUGAGAACAUGUCUGUGCUUCAACAGCAUGUAGCCUUCUUUGACCAGGAUAAUGAUGGCAUUAUCUAUCCAUGGGAUACCUAUAAAGGAUCACGGGCCAUCGGUUUCAAUGCGAUUGCUUCUUUCUUCUUGGCCAUACUCAUUCAUGGAGCCAUGAGUUAUGUCACUCUGCCAACUUGGACACCUUCACCUUUCCUUCCUAUUUACGUCGUAAACAUUCACAAGGCAAAGCAUGGAAGCGAUUCAACGACUUAUGACACCGAGGGGAGGUAUAUUCCAGCUAAUCUUGAGAACAUCUUCAGCAAAUAUGCUCGUACAGUUGCUGAUAAGCUCACCUUGAAGGAGCUAUGGCACAUGACUGAAGCCAAUCGCAAUGCAUUUGAUUUCGUCGGCUGGUGCUUAAGCAAGUUUGAAUGGGGAGUUCUUUACGUUCUUGCAAAGGAUUCAGAAGGUUUCCUGUCAAAAGAAGCCGUGAGGCGCUGCUUUGAUGGAAGCUUAUUUGAGUAUUGCGCAAAGAUGCAAAAGGGUGGUGCUGCUGCUGGCAAGAUGGGAUGAUGAUGGUUCGCUCUAUUAUCCGAUAUUCGCUCAUCGAAUCUCAGCUUCAUUCUUUCUCACCAUGUUUAACAUGUGCGAGAGAUUCUUCUUUCCUUUUUGUUCUUCUCUCUUUCCUACACUCGUGGCUUCUGAGAAGCAUACAAGUCUGUAUUCGGUCAUAAGGCUACUGGAAUUAUGUGAGAGGCAUACAACCCUGUUUGGUGGGGACACGGCAUUGUACGUACCCUGGCCGUGUUUGGUUUGGUGGGGUAUUUGAUCUGCAGGAGAAUAAUUUGAUGAGAAUAAUAGUGAGAAGUUUAUGGAUAUCACAAGCCAAGAUCAAGUUAUUGUUUUUCA